GUUGUGUAACCUUUGUUAUAGCGGGAGGGAAGAACAAAUGAAACGAACAUCCAAAUCCCUGUGUUGUUGCUACACUGCUUAUGAGAAACAUGUAGUGGCAUGCAAUGGAUACCUAUAAGAGAGCAGAUAGCUUGAGGGAAUCUGAUGUGCAGAAGUACCUUUUCCUGACCGGUUUUUGUUAACUCCUUUUAAAUCUCCUCCUCUUUCCACUCACGGUGAAGAGCAAGCAGUGUGAGUGGUUUAGCAUAGCCGCUGUCCUCAGGAGUGCCGAAGUAUAACUAAUAUUUAGAUACUGAGUAUAAAUACAGUAGAAGUGUUUAGAUAUAUAGUUAAGAGUAGGCUCCUAUCAUCCUCCAGUAUUUUUCCUAUGUCUCGGGUCUGGAUGUACCUCUUUCCUGCACUGGGUGCGCUUGUCUUGCCAGGUGUACAUCAUGUGGAGGGAAUGGAGUUGCUUACGUCCUCGGAGUUGGAGGCAGUCAAUGGGACAGAUGUACGGCUCAAAUGUAUAUUUAAAUCGACACAUCCUCUCUCCGAAGAAAAAGUCUCUGUAUCCUGGAGCUUCCGACCACUUGGAAAGAUGACAGGAGAAUUGAUUUUUCACUACCAGAAAAGUGCAUUUCCACCGGAAAUAGGCAUGUUUAAGGGCCAUGCUGUAUGGUCUGGUGAUAUAAUGAAGGGUGAUGCAUCCAUCACGCUGCAGAAUGUGCAGUUCAGAUUUAAUGGUACCUACAGCUGCCAAGUCAAAAAUCCACCCGACAUCCAGGGCUUUAUAGGUGAGAUCAGCCUCAGAGUUGUUGAAAAAGUUUCAUUCUCUGAAAUUGGAAUUCUGGCAAUAGCUGUGGGUGGAUCCAUUGGCGUUGUUCUCCUGAUCCUCAUCAUUUUUACUGUUGUGCGGGUGUUCCGGAAACAGGAUGAUGAUAUGUUAGUUGAGAUGGAGGACCACAGAUCAGAGGAUCAGGUGCUUUGAGUGAGUCUGUGCUGUUAGUUGCUGUCUGGGCUAACCAAUCUGUACCUACUAGUGAUAACAUAUUUCAACGCAGGAGUUUCUAAUUAUAUGAAAUAACAAUAUCUAGAUGGCAAAUUGAUCGUAGAAGCUUACGUUCUUCUACUCUUAUUUUUACAGAUAUAUGUUUUUAGUUAUCAUAACCUUUUUUAAUUUUUGAUUUAUGUAUGAAUACUUAACGUGAGGUCAAAUCUCAUAUUUUGAUAUCUAUCUUUUGUAUUCCUAAAAAGAUGAGAUAUGAAUUGUUUAUGUGUUUAAACUCUGACUUCAUUAACUGUUGCUGCCAAUUAUUAUGAUUGAGAAUUUUUGUCAUUCUUCAUUGUGUUUGUCUGUUGCACUACUUUACCACAGUUUCUGUCACAUACAGUAAAUCUGUGCAGCAAAAAAAUUUAAUAAAUAAUAAUUAUAAUAAUAAAAAAUAAAAAAAAAAUCAAUUUAAGGAAGCAAUAUAAAUUCUAAAACCAGUAACAAAUUUUGUCAGUAAAGAUAGAAUGGAUGGAUCAAAGAGAAACUUCAUGAAAAAAUGAAAAAUUAAACAAAUGUAGUACCUGGACCUUAAUAGUUUUUUGUACUGCCCAUCUAAAAUCUUCAGUGUUCUGGGAUUCUCUGUUCAUCAAUGCUGCAUGGAUUUUGCUAUUAAAAAAUAUAUAUUUUUAAAUGAGUAAAUUGAUUUUUUUAAUCCUAGCUUCAAACAAACAUACUGUGCAUGUCUGUUCAAAUAUAUCAAAUAUAUAUAUUUUUUUAUAAAUUAGUUUUAUUAGAUUUUUCAAAUGUUUAGAGUUUUUUUUUUUGUACUUUACACAUUUUUAAAUUAAAUAAAAAAUAAAUUUUGUUGUUGUGAAUGUUGUGUUCUCUUUGAAAUUUUAGCAUGGUAAAGCUAGUUUCAAAAGCCAUAAAUAUGACAGAUUUUAUGAUUAUUAAAACACAAACAAAAAUUGAACAUUAUAUCUGACUUAUUUAAUUUUUUUAGAUAAACAUUGUGGGUGAAUAAAUAUUGUAUGUAUGAAAAAGCACCCUCUGGUGGCUGUAAAGUCAUAAAAUAGUGAUAACAUUAGUUAAAAAGUGACGUGACAUACAGCCAAGUAUGGUGACCCAUACUCAGAAUUUGUGCUCCGCAUUUAACCCAUCCAGUGCACAGCAGUGAACACACACACACACACACACACACACCGUGAACACACACCCGGAGCAGUGGGCAGCCCAAGAUCCUCCUCGCUCAAAUGGACCAACUUUGCACAGGCUUUUUUGUUAAACAUGACUUUAAUCAGAACCUAAAUUUGUUUAUUAUUAUAGCAAAACUUUGCACACUGAGAGGAUAUAGUUUAAAAGCAUGUGUUUAAGAGACAGAGAGACAAGACAGCAUAUCACAGUGUGUACCUACCAUAUACUGUACCCAAAAGUGAGCUAAAUCUGACAAAAUCUCCAAAAACCUCCCUUUGGGGAUGUCCUCAUUUGUAAAACAAAGUUUUUUUAUUAUUGUAAAAAUGCAGAAAGUUUUCUGUAAGGGGUAGGGUUAGGUGUAGGGUUGGUGUAUGGCUAUAGAAUAUACAGUCUGUACUGUAUAUAAAUACCAUUACGCCUAUGGAAUGACCCCAUUUAGAUAGCUAAAUAAACGUGUUUGUGUGUGAGCUGAGGGACUUCUAAGUCCUAGACUUAAACGGAGUUAUUGAAUUUAUAGAUUUUCAAUUGUUCCAACCAAAUAGAGAACCUGACUUCCUGUACAUACGUGUGUGUGUGUGUGUGUGUGUGUGUCUGUGUGUGUGUUUGCUCACUCACUGCAGUAUACCAAAGAGUGCUGAAUGAAGCUCGUCCCCUGCCAGACUCUUUUGCUGCACCAGCAGAGGACACCUCUGAGUGUGUGUGUGUGUGUCUGAUGAGAAAGAAAUGCAGCAUUGGUGGGAACUGGUCCAGAAAAGCAGAAAAAACCCUCACAACAUUCAUUGCAGUACAGCACUGCAGAGCAACCUUAAAACAGCGCUUAGAACUCCAAACUGCAGCCAUCAUCCCACACACACACUUACACUGAUGUUUUCAGCAUGGAUAGUUUAGACGCCUUGUCGACACUGUAUAAAUGGACACUUGAUGUGACCUGAGAUGAAAACGUACUUUUUUUUUUCUUUUUUCUUUUAUAAUGAAUUGUUUUGUUUUAUAAGCUCGUUUUAUUUAAGAAAAUACAUUAGGUAUUUUGGAAUAUUUUAUUUGUCAUAGUUUGAAAUGACUUCCAUAUUUGCAGCAUGCACAUUUGAAAUUAGAGCAAAGGGGUGUUUAAAAUUUGUUAAAACUAUAUAUAGAAUUUUCCAUCAACAUUAUCAUAAAUUUAAGCAAGAGAGUGCGUCUUUAACUAUUAAUUUUGCAUUUCUGUUUUUCAAACUUCCACCAAACAUUUAAAAAAAAUUGAGAAACUUUAGGGACAAAUUUUCACUUUUUACUAGUAGUUGCAUAUUAGCUAGUAUAUUAUUAUAUUGUAAUAUUAUUAUGUAAUAUUAUUAUUACUUACAAAGCACAUAUUAACUUAUUAAAUCUUAUUCUGCAUGAGCAUAUUUUAGAUCACUUAAUCCUACCCCUAACCCAUAAAUUGAGCAGAAUUUAACAACUGCCUACUAACUAUCAAUAAGAAGCAAAUUAGGAGUUAGUUAAUUGUGAGAAUUGUUCCUCAAACUAUAGUUUAUAAAGUGUGACCAAAAAUGUAAUUAAAAAAAUGUGGUAACACUUUCUGACCCUGUUACACAUUGUACAUGUAUUUAAUGUAGUAAUAACAGUUAGUAAUGUUUAAUUACAUGUAACUACCAAGCCCCCCCCCCCCCAAAAAA